GACUCCACUCAGUCGCGUCCCGCCCAGCCCUAGCCGCCAGCUAUCGUAGACCGUAUCCAGCGAGGCCGCAACAACAACUAACGGCCCUCCCCCCUCUCCCUCUCUCCACUACGGCCAGUAGCGGGGCGGCGUUCACAGCCUAGCAGCGGCGGCGGCGUUCCAUAUCCGGGCGGACGACAGUGUUCCAUCCCGUCAGGCAACAGUUUUCUGUCCCGGGGGACGGCGGCGCAGCCUGAUCCUACGUACCACCGCCACUUCCUCAUAUCUCUCAUCUUAACACAGCCGCCGAGCCACUCGAGAAGGGGGCUAAAUCCGCUAUGGACAUGGAUGAUGUGCCCACGCAACAGCGAAAUAAGCUUCCAGACCACCUUGAGCGCCAGCGCACCCGUGUUACCUGCAAGGCCGAUGCGCCUACUCAUACACAAGGGUUUCAAUACUCUGGUGCUUUUGCUGCUAUGGGAGUUGAUAACAGUGUAUCAGUGGAAAAGUUCUGCAAUAGCUUUAAAAUCAAGAUAAAUCGUCUUACAGAAGAUGAUAUGGAGUUUGAUAUGAUUGGUGUCGAUGCAUCAAUUGCUAAUGCUUUCCGGAGAAUCCUCAUUGCAGAGGUCCCUACAAUGGCCAUUGAGAAAGUCUUCAUGGUUGACAACACCUCAGUUAUAGCAGAUGAGGUCCUUUCACAUCGACUAGGCCUUAUCCCACUUGAUGCAGAUCCGAGGCUUUUUGAUCAUAUCUCCGAUGAUGUCCCAAAUGAAAGGAACACAAUUGUGUACAAACUCCAUGUUUCAUGUGAAAAGGGUUCCCAACGACUUACAGUGAAGUCUGGUCAAUUGGAGUGGUUGCCAGAAGGUAGCCAAUUACUUAUGGCAUCUGCUGCGCAAGGGGAGAAACAAAAGACGUAUACUUCCUUUGGUCAAAGCCAAAAGAAUAUUUCUGGAAGGUCUAUUGGUGUGAAGUAUAAAGAUAUAACCAUUGCCAGGCUUGGGCCAGGACAGGCUAUUGAGCUUGAGGCACAUGCUGUUAAGGGAGUGGGAAAAGUGCAUGCCAAGUGGUCUCCAGUUGCUACAGCCUGGUACAGGAUGCUCCCUGAGGUUGUUCUUCUCAAAGAAAUUAAAGAUGGUGAAGCGGAAGAGCUAGUGAAAAAAUGCCCAGUUAAUGUUUUUGACAUUGAAGACCUGGGAAAUGGGGCAAAGAGAGCAGUUGUUGCUAGGCCAAGAGCAUGCACACUUUGCAGGGAAUGUGUCAUGGGACCGACCGGCGAACAAGUCGAGCUUCGGCGUGUUAGAGACCACUUCAUUUUUACAAUCGAGUCCACUGGAGCCCUACCCCCAGAGGUGCUCUUCACAGAAGCCGUGAAGAUCCUCGAGGAGAAGUGUGAGAGAGUGAUAUCUGAACUUUCCUGAUCCUGAUAUGUGGUAGUUUUUAAUACCCUCUUCUUGUAGUACUCCAUUGUUAUAUCUUGUUAAGGACUCGGCAUGAGGAAGUAUAGUACGGAGAAUAUUGUUAUUAUUAAGCUUGUGUGUUCCAUGCUC